AUGGCCACGCCGGCCGGCGCCGCAGGAGCGGCUGCUCCGGCUGCUGCCAACGGGACCGCGGACGCCCCGGCUGCCGCCCCCGCCGCUCCCGACCCCAAUGGCGCACCGGAGGCCAAGAAGGGCUUCUUCAAGCUCAACCCAAAGACCGUCGCGACGUUGCGCAACUUUUUUAAAAUCAUGAGCUAUGGCACCUUGCUCGACAAGUUCAUCAUAGUCGGGUCGUGCAUCGGCGCCAUCGGCGCCGGUCUCACCAUGCCGAUAAUGAACAUCGUCUUCGGACAACUCGUCGGCACCUUUACCGGGUUCUUCAUGCAGGGCACCUCGGAAACGCAGGACGACUUCAUCCAUGCCGUGAACCAGGGCGUACUGUACAUCGUGUACCUCUUCAUUGCCAGACUGAUCCUCACCUAUCUGUCCAACCUCGGGUUCCGCAUGACAAGUCUUCGCAUCUCGGCAAAGAUCCGCCUGACCUACCUGGGCCGGCUCUUCGCCCUGCCCAUCUCGACGCUCGACAUGCUGGCCCCCGGCCAGACGGCGGCCAUCAUCACCAUCACGGCCAGCAUCCUGCAGCUCGGCAUCUCGGAGAAGAUGGGCCAGUUCUUCUCGAGCCUCGCCAUCGUCGUCGCCGGCUUCACCAUCGCCUUCGCCUACAACUGGCUGCUGACGCUCACCACGAGCUCCGGCCUCGUCUUCAUCGCCAUCGUCUACACCAUCACCACCCCGCCCAUCAUCAAGCGCCUCAAGGACGUCCAGGACAUGGACAUCGCCGCCGCCUCUGUCGCCACCGAGGCCUUCAGCGCCAUCCGCAUGCUGGCCGCCUGCGGCGCCGAGUUCAAGAUGCUGGCAAAGUACGGCCUGCUGGCGGACCAGUCGAGGAAGAAGGGCGCCGGCAUGGCCUGGCUGGUGGCAAUCCAACAGGGUCUUAUUUUCUUCGCCAUUUAUGCAACUUUCGCCCUGUCCUUCUGGUACGCCUUCAAGAUGUACACCAUGAUGGCGCUGACGACCCCGACAUCCUUGAUCGUCGUCCUCCUGUGCAUCAUGAUGAUGGCCUCCUCCCUGGGCCAGAUCACGGCGCCCCUGCAGGCCGCGUCGCAGGCGGCCGACGCCAACGCCAUCUUCCACACCAUCAUCGACGCGCCGCAGCAGACGUACGGCACGCUCAAGGGGCCCGAGGUCUCGGCGGCCGAGGACAUCGUCUUCCAGGCCGUCAAUUUCGUCUACCCCAAGCGCCCGGACGUCAAGAUCCUUGACAACCUCUUCAUCACUUUCCCGGCCGGAAAAGUCACGGCCAUCGUCGGGCCCUCGGGCUCCGGCAAGAGCACCAUCGUCGGCAUCCUCGAGCGGUGGUACGAGUUCAACGGCGACAUGGAGACCAACCAGCUUGUCCUUUUCCUCAGGAAUGGUAUCAUCAGCGUCGGCGGUCGCCUCCUGAGCGAGAUCGACCCCAAGUGGUGGCGUAGCCAGAUCGGCCUGGUCCAGCAGGACAACGCCCUCUUCAACACGACCAUCUACCAGAACGUGGAGUACGGCCUCAUCGGGACCGAGUGGGAGAACGAGUCGCAAGCCAUCAAGGCCCGGCUGAUCGAGGAAGCGUGCAAGGACGCCUUUGCCGACGAAUUCAUCUCACGCCUGCCAGAGGGAUACCAAACGGAAGUCGGCGACGCCGGCAUCAAGCUCUCGGGCGGCCAGCGGCAGCGGCUCGCCAUCGCCCGCGCCAUCGUCAAGCAGCCCAAGAUCCUCAUCCUCGACGAGGCCACGUCGGCCAUCGACGUGCGCAGCGAACAGAUCGUCCAGGCGGCCCUCGACCGCGCCUGCAAGGGCCGCACGACCAUCAUCAUCGCCCACCGCCUCGGCACCAUCCGCAAGGCCGACAACAUCGUCCUGCUCCGCAAGGGCCAGGUCGUCCAGCAGGGCACGCACGAGGCCCUCAUGGCGCAGACCGACGGCCCUUACCACCUCCUCGCGACGGCGCAGAAGCUCGACAUGGGCGCCGACAGCGAUGAAGACGGCGGCGAGGGCGGCGACGUCCUCUUUGGCGACCUCAGCUGGCGGCGGCCGCCCGACCCGGACGUCCUGUCCGUCCGCAAGUCGUCGCUCCAGGGCGGCAGCAGCACGGGCGACCUCACGGAGAAGAGGGCCAGCAGCGAGGGCACCUCGGCCGGCAUGCUGCGGCACCUCGUCGACAUGAACGGCUCCGAUGAGGAGCUCGAGCGCGUCGAGGCCGGCACGCUCCGGGUCGUCAAGGAGCCGAGGGGGUGCCUCGGGAGGUGGAGGGCGUUCCACAUGUUUGGCAGCUUCGGCCAGCUUCUCGGCGAGCAGAAGAAGCGGUGGAAGACGUACAUUGUCAUUGCCAUCGCCGCGCUUGGUGCCGGAGCGAGUACUCCCGUCCAGGCAUACCUUUUCGCCGUCCUGGUCUCCCUCUUCUCGUACUGGGGCCCCUUCCUCAAGGUCAUCGCCAACCACUGGUGUGAGAUGUUCAUGUACCUCGCCACGGGCGUCGGCGUGAGCCAUUUCCUGCUCGGCUGGGCGACCACCACCAUCGGAUUCGGCAUCGUCCGCGUCUACAGAAAGGAGUACUUCCGCAACAUUCUCUACAAGCCGUCGUCCUUCUUCGACGCCGAGGGCAACUCGGCCGGGUCCCUCACGGCGCGGCUCGCGACGGACCCGACGAUGCUGCAGCAGCUCCUCGGCACCAACAUGGCCUUCGUGCUCAUCUCGCUCUUCAACGUCAUCGGCUGCGUCGUCGUCGGCCUCGUCUUCGGCUGGAAGCUGACGCUCGUCGCGCUCGGCACGUCCAUGCCCAUCAUCGUCGCCGCCAUGUUCUACCGCGUCCGGCACGAGGCCAGCUUCGAGGAGGCCAACAACGCCGUCUUCGCCGAGAGCGCAAAGUUCGCCUCCGAGAGCAUCGCCGCCAUCCGCACCGUCUCGAGCCUGACCAUGGAGGACGGCAUCUGCCAGCGCUACGACGACCUGCUCAACGCCCACGUCAAGGACGCCUUCCGCAGGUCGCGCUUCUCCGUCAUGGUCUUUUCCUUUAGCGACAGCAUCUCGCUGCUCUGCAUGGCUUUUGUUCUAUGGUACGGAGGCAAGCUGCUCUCGAGCCACGAGUACACGCCCUUCCAGUACAUGGUCGUAUACAUCGCCGUAGUCCAGGGCGGCAUGAGCGCAGGCCAAUGGCUCAGCUUCGGUCCCAACAUCGCCAAGGCAAAGACGGCCGCCGACCGCAUCCUCGCCCUGAGGGAGAACGACGACGACGAGAACCAGGUGCUCAAGGGCAUCAGCGACAUCGUCCCCUACGAGGUGCACUACGAGAAGGGCGUCGAGAUCGAGUUCAAGGACGUCUGGUUCAGCUACCCGACCCGCACGCUCCCCGUGCUCAAGGGCCUCGACCUGCGCAUCGAGCGCGGCCAGUUCGCCGCCAUCGUCGGCCCCUCGGGCUCCGGCAAGACCACCGUCGUCUCCCUCCUCGAGCGCUUCUACACCCUCCAGGCCGGCGGCGAGAUCCUCUACAACGGACACGACGUCAAGACGCUCGACCUCGUCCACUACCGCAAGAACAUCUCCCUCGUCUCGCAGGAGCCCAACCUCUUCACGGGCACCAUCCGCGAGAACAUCCUGCUGGGCGUCGAGGACGAGGCCGCCGUCUCGGACGAGGCCCUCCACGCCGCCGCCCGCGACGCCGGCAUCCACGACUUCGUCGCCUCCCUGCCUGAGGGCUACAACACCCAGGUCGGCAACGCCGGCGUCACCCUCUCGGGCGGCCAGAAGCAGCGCGUCUCCAUCGCCCGCGCCCUCAUCCGCCGGCCUUCGCUGCUGCUGCUCGACGAGGCCACGAGCGCCCUCGACAGCGAGACGGAGCGCGGCGUCCAGGCCGUCUUCGACGCCACCAAAGGCAGCCGCACCAUGAUCAUGGUCGCCCACCGCCUGGCGACCGUGCAGAACGCCGACAUCAUCUUCGUCAUGGCCGACGGCAAGGUCGUCGAGAGGGGCGACCACGCGAGCCUGAUUGCCGAGCGGGGAGUCUACUUCCAGAUGUGUCAAUCACAAGCGCUGGACAAGUAA